AUGGACAUGGACGUGGACAAACUUAUUCACGCAACAAUUAACAAAAUCAAUCAACGAAAUACCUCAGAUUUUGGAAAAAUUACAAAAACCUCAUCACACUUGGUCUUGGUCCUACAUUUCUAUUGACUUUACGAAUACUCCGUACAGAAUACGACCGUCACUCAAAUAGAUCGCAAUUUCCACCAAUCCUUGCAAACUCAUCGCUUUGCCAAUAUUCCAAUCACAACUAAUUUCCGAGACACGACGACGAUCUUCACCUUCUCUUCUAAGCUCUAACCUUCGACUUCUUCAUAGGCCACCGGUGACAUUUCACGGUCAAGAUGUCUCGAGUAACAAACUCAGUCAAGAUCAAUAUCGCGGAGGAUAAUACUGCAUCCAUUGCUGCCCAAAUACCACUCCCAUUGACACCUGCUUCAAAGGUAUUGGCUACUUCAAACGCACACGGAUUAAAUACCAUGGCGCUUCAUGAGAGCGAGGACAUGGACCUCGCACAACAUAUGAAAAACCUUAAAGCUGCAUAUCGAAGUGCUCUCGGCAUCACAAAGAAAGGAAAAAAGCACAACAAGAACAAGACCAAGGGAAAGCAAGAAUAUUCGAGUGAGAUAGAACAUACCAAGGAUAUCAUCCAAGAGGUCGAAGGCAGUGAGAGUAUCGUCGGUCAUUCAAACUCUAUUCAAGCCACUCCAAAUACAGGAUCUGUUUCAGGAAUUAUUGCAAACCCACCUGGUGUCCGUCCUGAAAUGCCCAUGUCAAAUUCCGAGUCUCCGAGGAUUCUUACUGAUCAAUUGAGAUCCGUACAACCACUUCAAAUCAUGGAACAAGCUAUGUUUCAUCAAUUACCACAGUCAGGAAGAAUCACUCGAGGUCAAGUUGCGAGACAGCAAGCAGGUCAGUAUGAUGGAGGUAUUUCAUUUCCUAGAGUGGCCGACACUGGAGAUGUUUUCUGGAAAUCACCUCAAGCCUCCAGUUAUAGUCAAUCUUCUUUCGCUGGUCCUCCCUUUCUUUUGCGAACUGGAAAUUUCAUUCAACAGAGACAUGAACAUAACACUAAUCCCUAUUAUGCUUUAGCGAUGAAGAAUAGUGUCAAAACAGAGACAAAGAAUAUCGAGUCUUUUACAGCAGAAAAGCUUCGAUCAAUCUCGAAUGAGAACGAUCGUCCGGCUAUUUCUGUCAAAUACCCUUUGACAAAGCAGGUCAAAACACUGGAGCAAAUCGAAAGAGCUUAUGAGGCUAAGGAGGCAGCAACUCCUGCUCGUCAUUCUUCUUCAGCUGGAGUUGAAGAGGACUCCUUCAUUGACAUAAUAAUAAGUCGAUCACCAGCUAAGCCAGUUUCCCGUAUCGAAGAUUCCUUGGAGGAGCUUGACAAUCUGGAGGAUGCUAUUGACGCACUUGAUGAAGCUACCACCGUCGAGAAAUUUGUUGCUACUUCAACCAAGAAGGUCACUAUUCCAACUGAAGUUUCCUCUGAGAGUGAUUCAAGAGAAUCGCUCAGACGAGGAUUCAUUGAGGAAAUUCCUGCCACUGGAUUGCGCGUACGUGUGCGUGGUACUCUAUCAUCUUCACAAAGACCAAAAUCCACCUACGCAACAGUACGUGUCAAGCCUACAGCAACCAAAGAACCAACUCUCAAAAAGGCUAAGUCGAUGACUUUCGAAAGUUCUAGACCCAUUGUCAGCCCAGAAAAACAAACAAUGGUAUCUCCAAGCAAAGUACCACGCCCAGCUAGUCUCCUUCCUCCGAAGUCGCCAACAAAAUCUACGAAGCCACCUACCAAAGCAAUCUUUGAGCUUCCUGGUGAUGCUGUCGCUAAGCGGUUGAAGGAACAAAGAGAAGCACGUAUCGCGCAGCGAGAAUCAUCUGAGAUGACUAUUGUUAAAACUACUCCAGGCAGGAUCAAGUCAACAAAACCACCCACCAAAUCCUCUCAAUUUGAGCUGCCUGGCGAAGCAUACUCCAGGCGUAAAAGGGAAGCACAUGAGGCAAGAGUCAAAGCUCAAGAAGAAGAAGAUCGCAAAAGACGUGAAUUCAAGGCUAGACCCAUGAGCAAAUUUGUUGCUUCUCGCACUCUUCCUCGCGAUACAGCCGCCAGUCGUGCCCGUCAAAGCAAAACAGGUGGUGAAAGUAGUGAUACUAGCGGUCUUACUUUAAGUAAGCGCGGAUCUAUAGUCGGCGCACAUCGUCCAUCAAUUCUCGACAUGCAAAAAGUCAACGUAACCAGCUCAUCUCCACGCACUAAAGCCCCACCUGCACCUCUUACACGCAAAGCAUCUUCCCAUCCUCAUAAUCCUCGUGUGACCAUGCAACGUACGGUCUCUGAUUCGGAUCAAGAGUCGCAACGUCAACGUGCAAAGGAACUUUAUAAUAGAGAUGCGCAGUAUACGGCAGAAAUUGAGAAGGAGAAGAAAGACCGUGAGGCGGCUGCUAAACGUUCUAGAGAUGAAGCUGCGGAGAAGGGUAGACAGGCUAGUAGGGAAUGGGCAGAGAGACAGAAGGCUAAGAGGAUUUCCCAAGCGAUGAGUGAUGCUAGUCCUCGUGGUAAUGCUUUUCUUUAAGGGAAAAGUUGCCUAAGGAUUUAUGAUGGUUUGAAGGUCAUGUCGAGUUUGUACGAUCUUUGUGGUUCUCUUAAUGGGUUGUAUUUUGUGAUGAGCGUAUGUGUUAAGAGUUUGUAUAUUUUAUCCUGGUUCCUUUCAUACCGGAUUCGACUUUGUAUCAAUCCUGAUGUUACUUUCUUCUCUUUUCUUUUGAUAACUAUUAGGGGAGCGAGGGCAUGGUAGGGGUACUGGGCUUGGGAAGAAACAUUUCAUGUUUUGAGUUCAACAGUAUUUUUUUUCUCUCCAAGGAAUGAGGAAUAGAUAUACUUUGGAUGGGUUAACGUUAGGAGUUCAAAAGAGUAUUAUGGUUAGACUCGUGGUGUAUAGUAUUUGUACCGCUGGGAAAGAAAUAAGAGGUGCUUGCUUGCUUGUAUGUAUAUUCUUAGGGAAUUCGAAGGUGUUAUUUUUAAGGAUUGAUUACAUGGGCAUGGGGAUGGGUAUGAUACCAUGGGGUGAAGGGGCUGUGUAUGUAUUAUUGGGAUGGAUAGCUUCAGGUCGGAUGUGCUUGAGCUCAGGACUGGGACUGGGACUGGGACUUGGACUGAAGGGUUGUAUAGGUAUGAAAGGGGAUGGAUGUUACGAUUAUGAGUGUUUUUGUGUAUUAUUAGGAUUGGGAAUAAGGAUAAGAAUAGGAAUGAGGAUAAGAAGAAGAAGAAGAAUAAAUGAUUAUUUUAUUAUUAAAAUUAUAAUCAUUAUUAUAU